AGUCCUCUCUUUCCCCUAGGCAUGAGCACUUUAUUUAUCUGUGCUCGCCUUCCCGCCUCUCUCUGUGAUGGCUGUUUCCCACCAAUCUUCACCUUCCCAAGCUGGACUUCAAUCCUACUGUACCGUUACUGUUGAGGAAGGCUUUUUUUUUUUAAAAAGAGGAAUAUUCCCUGGGUUUUAUGGCAAGUACUGCCAUACACAAAUAUGCAUCCGCAUUUUCCAAAUAGCCUUCUUUUCAUGCCAGCUUACCACCUACUCUUGUCUUGGUUGUAUCGAACCCAACCUUUGUUCCAGCUGUUCGCGCGCUGCAGCUGCUUUCUCGAUUCAUUCACCCCGAACUCCCCCGUUCUAAGUUGAUAGCUGGCAGGUAAACCACUCGUGUAUACGCCGCCCCGUCUCUCAAUCGAACUUGUGAUUACCUCCGCUGCCGGAUACUUUCAGCAGGAACUCAAGCAUCCCAUCCAACCGCCCCGUAAAAAUGACGUCAACGGAAAAGCAAUGGGAAACCCUACAAUUCGGCACGCCUGGUUCGUCCUCCUUUCGAAUGAUCUUCCUCCACUCCACGCACCGCCAUAUCCUCUCCCCCUGGCACGAUAUCCCUCUCUACGACCCGGACUGUCUCUUCCACUGCAUCUCCGCCGCUCCCGCCGGAACAUGGCUGCCGCACGAUUUCGCGCCCGAAGAUUACAACCCGCUAAGAUGCGCUGCGUUGAUUGGUUCCGCGAGUUUAGGAAGCCCCGACGCUUCUGGGAGCUUAGCAGGAGGCGGCCCCGGCGAAACUGAAGCCACCUCUUUAGUUCCUCGGCAUUUUUCUAGAAACUGCCCAUGGAGUCUCGGGCUGCUGCCCCAAACGCGACAGGAUCCCGACGAUCUUUGCGACGAGUUACCCGACGCGGCUGGCGAAGAACAGCCGAUAGAGGUUAUCGAGAUUAGCGGUAGCGAAAUUGACCUCGGCGAAGUGAUUUCGGUCAAGCCUCUCGCGGCUUUCGCCGUCGCGUCUGCGACGGGAAAAACUUUCGCGUGGAAGGUCGUCGCGAUUUCGGGUAACUGCCCCGUCGCCAGUGUGUUGGAGUCAUUGGAAGACGUCGAGGCAUCGUUUCCAGGGUCGCUUAGCGACAUUCGCGAAUGGCUUCGCACGCGUGACGUCCUCCAAUCAAACGGCCGGAGCACAGCAGGGCUUCCCUUCGUCAGCGAGCCACUAGGUCCGGGGCACGCGCACGCGGUGGUCGCGCGGGCGAACGCCACGUGGCAGCUCUUCGUCGAUCAGAACGUCCCCGCGGAGCCAUGGGCGCCGCCACCCUCGGCCCUCAACGGAAGCUUCCUCGAAGGCAUCUGGAAGCGCAAGUACAUGGGCGACUGCGUGCCGUCCGCCGCAAUUCCCGUCUCGCAGCCGGCGCAUUUGCAGGAGCAGCAGGCGGAGACUGCGGCGCAAAAGACGGAAGCUUCGGGCCCUCUGGCGGAGGAAAAGUCAGCCAACGGGAAGUGGGGCGGUAAGCUGCGAGGAAUCUUCCGGACUAAAAGCGGGCGGCUCAUGCCGUCGCGGCUCGGUGGCGGGUCGUCGGAUAAAUGCCCUAUUCCCAAGGCCUCUACCAGCCAUUGCAAUAACAGCAGCGGGGGCAGCGCCGGCAGCGGCGGCGGGGGAGGCGGCGCUGGUGGGGUUGGCAGUGGCGUCGGCAGCCUAAGAUCCUCGGGUAGCAGCCCAGAAUCGAAUCUUUCCCGGCAUCAGAUUUCGCCCAGUGGUCACCCUUGGAACCAAGCGGAAUCGGGCGAGUCGAAGGGAUCGUUUGGGGACAGCUUGCGCCGCGCCACGUCGUUAGAUGCUAGCCAGCUAAAGCCCGGGGUUGAGAAGAGCAGCGGUUUGGGCGGCGCAGGCUCGGGGUACGGCAAACCGCCGGUGCAGCACAGGCGGUGCGAGAGUUUCGACCAUUACGGUUCGUCGAAACCGAAAGGUUUACCUAAAGGGGGAGUUUACGCGAAUAGCCCCAGCCCAUGCAGGAAACCGCCGGGCUUAUCCCCUUUAAAGUUGGCCGCGGAGCCUAGGAACGGAAUUUUGAGACCGAGUUCCUCCAACGAGUCGCUGGAAAGUAUGGGGAAUCAUAAGAGGAAUGACUCUGGAAGCAGUUCGCACAGCCAGCAGGCUAUAGAAGAGGAGGAAGAGGAGGAGCCGCCCAUCCAUUGGCGGAGAUGCAAAUCGGAGACUGUACACAGAAAAUCGGACCCUGAAGACGGGGAAAUUACCCUGACGAGAUCAAAUACUGCGGGCAGGAGAGUGAAAUUCAAAGAGGAGGUUGACGUGGUGAUGCUGGCUGACGAGGACGAGGACGAGGGGAGCGGAGGUUUGGCCGACGAUAUUUUCCAGCUGAAAUUUACCCUGGCUCUGGCUCUUGACAACGAGGGGCAGGUCUUUCCGUCCCCCCGGAAAAUCUUAUUCACAAACGCGUGAAGCCCUUGAGUCUGAUCCGAAACACCCCGCGCUGCCACAUCGUCUGCUCUGCCAUGCCGAGAGUGAUGGUCCUCGGAUGUGGGCCCACCCAGCCUGCUCCAUACCACCCAGAUCCAUACCACCCUGCUCAGCGACGUCAAGUUUACUCUGCUCUUCCAGAACGGAGUUGUGCGAGUUGUAGCUGUGUUUGUGUUGUGAUUUCUUCUGCUGACUGUAACUUUUGAAGGAAGUGGGGCUGAUGGUCUGGAAUGGGGGAGCCAGCCUGCAGGGGGGCGGGGGGAAGAUGGGCGAGAAAAGGCAGAGAAUGUGGAGUUACCAUAGAAGGGGGUGGAGGGGGGGGGGACAGAGGAGGAAUGAAGUGCAGGAACUCGGGUUGAGAGGGAGGUAGAGGAAUGGAGCAAGGAGGAAGGAGAGGACAGAGGAGUUGAGGACUAAGAUUAAGGGACUGGCAUUUGGCAUAGAUACGGUAGUUGCUGCUCCACCACGUGAGGGAGCCAAGCUCUUGUUUUCAGGCAGCUCAGAUACUAGGGUCUAAUACCAGUCUGCACCAUGUGGUUUAUUCAAGGCCUUCUGUGUUCGUGUGUGUGUUUUGAAAUAGGCUUGGUUCUUAGAACAUGCUGACCAAUAUGCCCGUAC